GCUAAUUAUUUGUAUUUGGGACUAAUGAAAAAAGAAUAUUAAGACUAUAUCUCAUUGAUUAUAAUAUUCAUUUAAAUAGGGCUAGGGUUUUUAGAUAUACUCACUGAUAUUGAUUAUGCAGCUAAUUCUAAAAAAUCCUCAGAAGAAAUUAAAAUUGCGGCCAUUUUUUUCGUUGCUUUUUAGCCAUUUUGUUAGAUGGUAUCUUGGACAUAUGUUUUCAUCAGGAUUCAUUUAAUGGAGUUGCAAUUAGAAGAAUAGGAAAUGAAAAAAUUAUGCUACUACUAGAAUCAAAUCGAUAGGGCUGAAACAUUUUGGUAAUUUCUAAAAUACUCCUUUAGAUUUAAACUGAUUGAGUGGUGGUAGAUUUGUAAGCUCUUAAGAUAUGCUCCAUAAGGUUGCUUUUAUGGUCUUAUACAAUACUUUAAGUUGCUGCACGUUUUUCUUUUUUUUUAGAUUAAGAAAAAUGAUUAGAUAACUCAACAUUAUGAGAGUAUUUUCACAAAGCGCUUUAAAAAAAGUACGAAUAGGCUUUCACACAACAUUCAUUCAGCUUUAAGAAAGGAUACAUAUGGCUCUUCUUAUUAGAAAACCUCAAUUCUACCUCUAAAUUCGAAUUUAUAAGCUUCAGUAAACCUUAAGGAAUCAGAUAUAGAGAAUUCUUUAACUUCUAGUCAUUUGUUUGAAAAAGAAAAAUCUCAGCCAUUAUUUAAUCACGCCAAAACUUAAAGCAAUUAAGGUAUUUAGAAUAUAGCUGAAGUUAUAUUUGAAAAAAAGAAGUAGGAGUAACUUAUUGAGGAAUUCACAUAAGACGAAUUAUAUCAAAUUUACAGAUAAUCGACUUUCCUAUAAUAUUUAAGCAAUGAAAAAAUACAGGGUAUCAUCUAAAUUUCACAAAUCAUUCAAUUUAUAUUUGAAAGUAUGCCAUAGUUAUUAAUAUAAUUCAUAAAUAAUGGAUAACUUGGGUUAUGGAGUGGAAACAAUAGUGGCACAAUAGUUCCUCCUAUUUUUUGCUUUAUUUUAAGUUUGAUCUCAAUUAUAAUAAGUUCAAUAAAUCUUGUAAACUACCUUCUUUAAAAAGAAAGUUUAACUUUUAUCUACAUGCAAAAGAUUCUUUCUAAGUCUGAAAAAACAUAGUAAGAAGAGAAAUUAAUUAAAAUAAAUGAUAAAUUAAAUACAAGCAUCUUGGUUGUAAAGGCUGAUUCUCUGACAAAGGUUUCUUAACUAAGAAAAGAAAUUUAAGAAAACUUAGAAAAUCUCAACAUUGUGCUUCCUCUUAUAAAAGUAUCUUCAGAUUCAAUAUUUUAGGAUUUAUCUCGUAUUUCAUUCAAUAGAAUUCAGAAAUUAAAAAUUGAUAUUCAUGGCGAUAGUAUAAGAUACCCAAUGAAAGAAUUUGCAAAUAAUUUACAAUCUAUGAAUAGCAUCGAGGAAAUAGAUCUCAAAUUCAAUGGUAAUUAUUUUGAUGGAACAGAUGCAAUGCAUUUAAGUUAAUCAUUAAUAAAAAUAUCAAACCAAAAACAGCUACAAAGAAUAGAAAUCAAUUUAAAAGAAAAUGCAAUUGAUUAGAAAGGAAUAGAAUAUCUCAAUUAACUUGCUUAAGUAGAGAAGUUAGUUUAUUUGAAUGCUUUAAGAAAUCACUCAUCUGCUCUCUACGUUAAGAGUGAUGAUUGUUAAUUAGAUGAGACGAUAUUUGAAGAUAUUAUUGCUUCAAAAAAUCUUCAAUAUUUAUUUAUAUAUAAAAACAUAUUCUAAUCAGAUUAGUAAUUGAAAUAUUUUUUAAAUAACUUAAAAAAUAUGAAUCAGUUAAAUGGAUACCAGUUAAAUUUUAGUGGAUAUCAAAUGACAGAGGAUAUACUCGUUUAGUUGAAAGAAUUCAAUUAAACAUAGACUUAAUUAACAAAUAUUCAUUUAAAUUUGGUAAAAUGUGGAAUUAAUGAAGAGAAUUUGAGAAAUCUUUAUGAAUAUGAUGGUGAUUAGGUUAGAGCUUAUUCUAUAAACUUAGAUUUCAACAAGUGUGUUAGAGAUUUGAGAAUUGAAGAUUGCAAAUUUUUAAAUAAAAUAAAUUCUUUAGAGAUAAGUCUUUAGGGCUGUAAACUUUAAAAUAAAGUAGAAUUAAUCAAUAAUCUAUCUCAAUUAGAUAGUGUUUCAUCUCUCAAGUUAAACAUUUCUGAUUUAAUAAGCGAAACUUAGUAAGUUAUUAAUUAUGAAGAAUUUUAAGAAUAUGAGCUAAAUUUAAUAAAUUACGAUGGACUACGAAUAAAAAAUUUGAUGAUGAGUGAUUUAGCCACAUUAAAUGUUGACAUUUCAUAUUCAAAGAUGAAUCCUGAAGUUAUAAAGAGCUUUGUUGUAAACUUAAAAUAGUCUAAGAAGAUAAGAGACCUCACUUUGAAUUUUAAAAAAAAUUACUUAUCCUCAGAUUUUGAUUAAAUACUUGGCUAAACAUUAGAAAAUUACACUGAACUUUAGAAAGUAUCUCUUUGUCUAAAGAACACGAAUAGAGGUAAUGAUAUCUAUAAGACAUUGUAAGGAUUAUCAGGUUUAUAACAAAUAACACACAUUGACUUAGACUAUAGCGAAAAUUAUAUUGAUUAAGGCUUUUUUUAGUAAGAGCAGACAUGGUAUUAGAACAAACCUAAUCUCAGUUCAAUUAAACUCUAAUUCUAAGUAAAUAGUACGGAAUAAGAUUAAUCAAAAUUAUUUUGCCCAAUUAUUGAAUCAAAUAGCAAAUCUCUUUUGAACUUAAGCUUGGAUUUCUGUUACAAGAAUAAAGUAUAUGAACAAGAUGUUAUUAAUCUGCUAACUUCUCUUUAAAAUGCUUAGAAUUUAUAAAGUUUAAAACUUGACUUAAACUCUUUCUAGUCUACUCUGUACCAAAUGAAUAUUAUGAAAAAUACACUAUAGUCAUUAAAGUAAAUAACUAACCUUGAGCUUUUAAUGAAUUCAAUGAGAAUAGGAGAGAAACCAGUUGCUGUACUUAUGCCCCCUUAGAUUCAACAUAACAGAUAACCCCCAUUUAAUUAGAUGCACAUCUAAAAUUAACAGAAUAGACAAAAUCCUUUCAAUAACCAAGUGCAAUAAUAGCAAUUUAUUCAAUAGCCAUUAAACUCAGAGAAAAUGGAAAUAUUUGGACAGAUGUUUGAUAAUUUUAUUCUAUAAUAAUUAAAGCUAGAAUUUUAUGGAAAUUAUGUUGGGGAAAUGUAGACAUUUAACAGGUUUAUAUAAAAUCUAAAUAAAUCUAACCAAACUAUGAAAAACUUACAAUUAUCUUUAGGUUAUACUGAAAUUGCUAAUAAUCUAUUAAAGGAGUUAUUUUAAGCAAUAUAAAAUAUGAGUCACUUAGAUACUCUUUAUCUUUCAAUUAGAUAUCUACAAACAGAACAUCUGCCUAUUGCUCUUUUUGAAAAAUAAUCCUUAUUGAAGCUGACUUUAUGUUUAGACUAAUGCAAUAUUUAAAGAGAAUGUUUUAUCUAAUGCAGCUAAGCAAUUUCUAAGAUGAAAAAAUUAAAAGAAAUGAGGAUUGAAUUGAGUAGGGCAUAAUUAGAGGAUAAUUAAUGUGUAAACGAAUUUUCUUCGUGCUUCAAUAAAUUAUAAGGAUUGCAAAAAAUUUAUCUUGGAAUGGAUAGCAUUAAAAUCAGCAAAGAAACUAUUAAGGCACUCUCAGAGAAUAUUUUAAAGGAAAAAAUAAAAGAGUUCAGAAUUGAUAUGAGUUAUGGAUAUAUUGAUCAGGAUGAGCAGCACGUGAUUGCAGAGCUUUUAAAAGGGUUUAACAACUUAUAAAGAUUACACUUAAAAAUAAAUAACAUAGGUAUGGAUGAUUAAGGGUUUAAAUAAAUGAUAGAUGAAAUUUAGUUCAUGAAAUGUCUUUCCACAUUCAAAUUAAAAUUUGAAGGACUUUCAAUUACUUAGGCAAGCAUUUAAAUAUUAUAGUCGUACUUAAGCAAUAAUACAAACAUAUUAUCUAAGGUUACACUUAUCAAUAAAGAUGAUCAAGUUGCACCUUAACUAAUUUAAAUGGAAAAAGAUUUACAACAAACAACUAAAAUUCCAUAUAUAAGAAUUGAAAAAAAAUGA